GCCGCCAUCUUGGACUCCUCGGCGGGGGCAGCGCGGUUACCAUGGAGACCGCCGGGACGCGGCGCGGCCUGUGAAGGAACCCAAAGCCCGACUCAAGUCCGUCCCUGAUUGUUUCAGUAUUUGGGGUCAAGAUGUCUAAAGAGCAGGAAGAACAGGAUUUGCAGAAAUUCCUUAGAGAUGUGGAUGAAGUUACCAACCUGAUUCAAGGCCUGAAUUCCACAGACCCUUCUAUCCAGGAGAAAGCCAUUGCAGACACAGAGAAAAGAUUAAACUCCACUGCUGUCAAAUGUGAGGAUAAGCAGAAGCCCACAGUGGACAGAACAUGCAUCAAUACACGAGCCCCGGAUUUGCCAGAUCAGCAGGAAACAAUGAAUCCAGAGAGUUUCAUGGCCGUUUUAGAAAAGGAUGCCAAAGAGCGAGCAAGGAAAAGGAAGCACAAUGAAGCCUUAGCAAACGCACUGAAAGAAAAAGGGAACGAUGCUUUCAGCAAAGGGGACUAUGCACUGGCUAUUCAGAAGUACACUGAAGGCCUCAAGAAGCAAAAGGAUAUGCAGGUUCUGUACACCAAUAGAGCACAGGCCUACAUCAAGUUGCAAGACUAUGAAAAAGCUAUCAGUGACUGUGACUGGGCUUUAAGGUGUGAUGAAAAAUGCAUCAAAGCUCUCUUCCACAUGGGGAAAGCAUAUUUGGCCCAGAAGCAGUACAGUAAGUCCAGAGAAUGCUACCUGAAGAUUUUAGACAUUGAUCCUGGAAAAGAGAAGCUGUGCAAAGACUACAUACACCAAGUAGACUUGGAGGAGAAAAGACAGCAUGAGGAGGAGAGGGCCAUGGAGGAGCUUGAAUCUGGAAAACACACAGCUGUGUCAGUGAAGGAGUUGCUCCAGAAGCUCCGCAUCCCUGAUGAGAACAUUCUGUACUAUGCGGAUGGGAUUAGGCUUCUGACUGCGUUGAUGCAAGACUGCACUGAGCAAGCCUUAUUUAGGACAAACAAUGGCUUCAGUAUCAUCAAUGACAACGCAGUCGUACAACGGGUUUUCCACACCAAGACAAAAUCCCCUGAUGAAGUGGAGCUGUUUAUUUCCAUUCUCCUUCUGUGGCAAGCAGCCUGCAAAGACAAUGAGGAGAACCAGCGCCUGCUUCUCACUCAUCCUGAUGUCAACCUGCAACUUCCUUCUCUGUUGCUCUCUGAGGUGCCCGAAAUCCAAGAAGAGUGCUUAGCCCUGCUUUCUCUCUAUGCAGAAACAGAGAAUGGGAGGAUCCUGUUGGUCCGACACCUGGACACAACUAGGUGGCUACACAUCUUUAUGUCCUUCAUCAAGGUUUUUGACAGCAGAGCUAGAUGUGCCUUGAAAUUGCUGACCAGCUUAGUCCCAGAGGAGAAGUUCAAAAUUCAGUGCCGUAUCAAACUCUCCACAGAGGCUUUGCCACUAUUCAUAGAAUUACUGAGUUCUGCUGAGACACUGAACGAACUGGGCCUCGCCCAUUGCAUUGCCAUCAUGGGAGACAUGUGCUCAGACGUGGUCAUCCGAAUGCAGAUGACUGAAAGCCCAGAUUGCUGGCAGGCCUGUUUGAGCUUUCUGGAUGAGUGCUGGAACAAAGGCAAGGCCACCAGAUACCCAGAGUGUCUCUAUGCACUACUUGGCCUGAUGAUGAACCUCUCUUUGGAACCCAAUUUGCUCCUUCAGGAUCUUGCCAUAGAGAUUUCUGGGAAAUGCAUGUCCCUCUUUGACUGUAAAGAGGGAAGAAUUGUGACACGAGCAGUUGGGCUUUUAAGUCACAUCCUGCCAAUAAGUCCAGAGGCACGGGAAGAGGCGAUAAAAGAUGGCGUGGUGAGGAAAAUGAUCAGAUUUCUCAAGGCAGAUGGGCAGAUCACACAUGGCUAUGCAAUGAAAAUCCUGGCUGUUUGUGCCAAAAGUAGCCAAGAGGCACAGGAAGAGAUUGUGAAGCUUGAUAAAAAAUGUAAGAUCCUGCUGAAGUUUCUGCGCUCAGAGAAUGAGGUGUUGGCAGGAAAUGCUGCUUUCUGCCUUGGGAGAUGCUUUGAGGUGCCCGGAGCAGCCGCUAAUUUGCUCGACGUGGAUAUUGUGCGGAUUUUAUUGAAAGUCGCUGGCAGGGAUGCUCAGAGGACGUCUGCGCAAGAGAACGCAGCCAUUGCUUUAGGAAAGCUCUGCACAGCUGAUGCCAGGCACACUAGUCGGCUACGGGAGCUGAACGGAAUGGCGGUCCUCAACACCUCUUUGAAGCACAUGCAGGGAUUUUAAAGGCUUCUGUAAAUGUUCCAGAGCAUGUUUACAAAGUCUGCCAUAGCUCUGGUCAGGGCUGCACUUUGUUUUUGUAAUAAAGAGGAUUAAUUGGAACAA